AUGCCACAAAAGCAGCCUUCUACCAAAGUCGCCGUCUUGUACAACCGCGGCUACGGGAAAUGCAGGAUGAGUGCAUGGCUUGCAAGGGCGAGGAAAUCCAAGGUUAAGCUGACCAAUGAAUGGAAGAACUCCUCCGCUGCGAUCAUGGUUGUCUACGGUCCUACAGUCAAAAACACAGCUCCUCUUCUCAGCGCUGACGGAACUACCCUAUUCACUGAGAAGACACAGAUUCUGAAACGCAGGGCUAAACACUUCCAAAACGUACUCAACCAUUCCUCCACCAUCUCCGAUGCCACCAUCGACCGCCUGCCUCAGGUGGAAAUCAAUGCUGACCUCGACACGGUGGUCAUGCAUCAAACGCCGCCCGAUGAUUAUUAA